CUCGUGACGAAUAAACUAUUGUGAUUUUGAACCACUAAUGUGUCGGCGGUUCACUUUCUGCUGAUUGCUCUGCUAAACACUCGUUUGGCAUUCGUAGCAUCCAGAAGGGAAACAUGCAGAUCUUCAUCGAUGCGUUGGGGGGUCGCACCCUCAACUUGACUGUUGCGAACGACGCGUCCGUGGCCUCGAUCGCUGCGCAAGUCGAAGACUUGGAAUUCAUCCAAAACUUCCGCCUUACUGCCGCCGGUGUGACCUUGAACGGUGCUCAAUCGUUGUCGGACUACAACGUGUGCGACGCCGACACGUUGAAGGUGACCUUCGACUUGGUCGGUGGGAUGCGUGCCAAGUGGCGCAAGAAGCGCAUGCGUCGCCUGCGUCGCAAACGCCGAAAGAUGCGUCAACGCGCCAGAUAAGCGUGUGUCCAGGCUCCAUGAUCGCACCGCGCACGACUUUCUCACGACCAAGACAUGCGCGGUAGUUGUUCUGCCCAUGGUGCAUCGAACAAGGCCGUAUUGAAAAUAUACACUGCGUUUUGUCACCAGAAUA